CUGCUGAGGGAUAGCGAGCCUCCCUGGCAGGCUGGCAGAGGGAGGUCCCGGCAGAUACACGGUGCACUCUAAGGAGAACCUGAGCAGUGGAAUGAACAGAAGACACUGGCAGCCUCCCGCAUGAGACUCUGAGCAGGUCUGGCAUUGUUUGCUCUGGCCCUCAGCCAAGGGGCUGUCAGGGACCCACUGUGGUGCUUCCUGGAAAGCUGCUGUCUGUGUGGACCUCUGCCGAAGAGAGCCCUGGUGGGCAGGGAGGAGAGGCGUCAGACUCGACGGGGGCCCAACCAUGGUCGUCACUCAGCUCAGCCUUGAGUUCCGUUUUCAGGGCAAGAAGCUUCGAGGCUUCAGCUGUGAGCUCACCCGCUCCCCUCAUGGAGUCCUCCCCGAGUCCGUCCUCACCACCACAUGCCAGGUCGCCAUACCCAUUCUGUUGUCGGGCCUGGGCAUGAUGACAGCUGGCCUGGUGAUGAACACUGUCCAACACUGGUCAGUGUUCCAGGAGGUUAAAGACCUGCUGACCUUGGUGCCGCCCCUGGUGGGCCUGAAGGGAAACCUGGAGAUGACACUGGCGUCUCGACUCUCCACGUCUGCCAACACUGGGCAAAUCGAUGACCGCCAGGAGAGGUACAGAAUCAUCAGCAGCAACCUCGCUGUGGUUCAGGUGCAGGCCACUAUCGUGGGGCUCCUGGCUGCACUGGCCUCCCUGCUGCUGGGCGUGAUAUCCCGAGAGGAGUUGGAUUGGACUAAGGUGGCAGUGCUGUGCACGAGCAGCGUCAUAACUGCCUUCCUUGCGGCCUUGGCCCUAGGAAUUCUAAUGAUCUGCAUAGUGAUUGGUGCUCGCAAGUUCGGGGUCAAUCCUGAUAACAUCGCCACGCCCAUUGCAGCCAGCCUGGGAGACCUCAUCACUCUGUCCAUCCUGGCCCUGAUAAGCAGCUUCUUCUACAGGCACAGAGAAACAUGGUAUCUGACGCCGCUGGUCUGUGUCGGCUUCAUAGCUCUCACCCCUCUGUGGAUCUUCAUUGCCAAGCAGAACCCGCCCAUCAUGAAGAUCCUGAAGUAUGGGUGGUUCCCCAUCAUCCUGGCUAUGGUCAUCAGCAGUUUCGGAGGCCUCAUCUUAAGCAGAACCAUUUCUAAACAUCAGUUUAAAGGCAUGGCUGUCCUGACUCCCGUCAUAUGUGGUGUUGGUGGCAACCUGGUGGCCAUUCAGACCAGCCGCAUCUCCACCUUCCUGCACAUGUGGAGCACACCUGGGGUCCUCCCCGUCCAGAUGAAAAGGUUCUGGCCUAACCCAUGCCUCAUUUUCUGCUCCUCAGAAGUCAACUCUGUGUCAGCUCGAGUCCUGCUCUUUCUGGUGAUCCCAGGACAUCUGAUCUUCUUCUACCUCAUCUGCCUGGUGGAGGGCCAGGCAGUGACAAGCAGCAAGGUCUUUGUGUUGCUGUACCUGGUGGCAGCCAUGAUCCAGGUGGUGAUCCUGCUGUACCUGGCAGAAGUGAUGGUCCGGCUGACCUGGCACCAGGCUCUGGAUCCCGACAACCACUGUAUCCCCUACCUCACGGGCCUGGGGGACUUGCUGGGCACUAGCCUUCUGGCACUGUGCUUCCUCCUGGACUGGCUGCUGACGGGUGGAGCUGACCUUGCAAAGCUGGUUUCAGAGCUGGUUUCUGUGCCUCCCUGACUGAGGCUGCCACCUGCAGGUCUCCAUGGGGCUCUCCCUCAUGUCCACAGCAUCCCGCAGGCUGUUCUCCUGCCGGGGGCCUUAAGCUGCUAGAUAUCUGCCUGGGCAGUGGCCUCAUCAGUCUGCCAAGGAGACGAGCACACAUCUUGAUUCUGAAGUUAGUAGCUGAGCCCGAGGUGCAGUCCUGACAUCAGGAGCUCUGCUUGCAAGUGUGAGUGAGUAUGUGUGCCUGGCGUGUGUGCGCGUGU